AUGUCAAAUUUACGUAAACAAAUGCUUUCUAAAUCACUCCCACCUAUUGGUCCAUCGUCAUCUAAAAAGUUAUUAUCAUCUAAUGAAAACAAAUCAUCAUCCAUUCGUAAUUAUGAACCGAUUGAAUGGAAUACAUACUUUAAUGAUAAACGUUUUAUAGCAAUAGAAAAAAAUAUUUUUUGUGUAUAUUCGCGUAGUAUUCCUGAUUCUUCAGCACCGAUUUUAUUUUUUUUACAUGGCGGUGGCUUUUCUGGUUUAAGUUGGGCUCUUAUGUCAAAAGCAGUGACAAAUCUUGUACGAUGCCAGUGUAUUGCUGUAGAUAUUCGUGGUCAUGGAGAAACAAAAACCACAGAUGAAAGUGAUUUGAGUAUUGAAACACUUACCCAUGAUAUAUGCCAAAUUCUACAUUAUUUAUUUAAUGAAGAAAAUAAAACUCCAAUUUUUCUCAUUGGACAUUCAAUGGGUGGUGCGCUUGCUGUGCAUGUUGCUAAACAAAAUCCAACACUGAUUGAUGCUCUGUGCGUUAUCGAUGUUGUUGAGGGAAGUGCAUUAGAAUCUUUAAAUUCAAUGCAAUGUUUUCUUAGUUCAAGACCAAAACAAUUCUCCACUCCAGAGCAAGCUGUAGAAUAUAUGGUUCGAAGUGGUCAAGUACGUAAUGUUGAAUCAGCUCGAGUCUCUGUUAUCGGACAAAUUCAACCAAUGAUCAAUAUUCAAUCGAAUGAAGGAAGUUCUUCUACAGCUGCAGCAGCCGCAUCGAAUUCUACAUUUCCAGAAGUCUCUCAUUUAUGUGAAACUGUUCGUGAAGAAGACGAAGAACAAGAACAAGACAAUAAUCAUAAUCAUAAUUCUUCUAUUGAUACUCAAAAGCCAACUACAUCAAAUGUUUCAAAUGAAAUAAAUAAAUAUACAUGGAGAAUAGAUCUUUCAAAAACAGAAAAAUUUUGGAAAGGAUGGUUUUCUGGUUUAUCAAAAUUAUUUCUAUCAUGUGAAUGUCCAAAGUUACUUCUACUAGCUGGUGUUGACCGUCUUGAUCGUGAUUUGACCGUUGGUCAAAUGCAAGGAAAAUUUCAAAUGCAUGUUGUACCCAAAAGUGGUCAUGCCGUACAUGAAGAUGCACCUGAACAAGUUGCUGACUGUAUUGCUUCAUUUCUAGUUCGACAUAAAUUAGUGCAAGCAAAUGAUGACAGUUUUCAAGGAACAUUACCUGGAUGUUAG